GGCCUGGCGCCACAUUCGCCUCCAUGUUCUCUCUCUCUCUCUCUCUCUCUCUCUCUCUCUCUCUCUCUGUUUUGUCAAUGUCAAAUGCCUUAAAAUCCGCUAGCUGAAUCUGAAAGUUCUUAACGAUCGAGUGCCACUUGUAUUCGCAAAGCCUUAUAAAACUCUCACAUUCUCAUCACCCCCCCUUCGCUCUCCACUCUUCCACUCCCUCUCUCUCUAGACCCAAACUCUUCAAUUUUCUCUCUCUCUAGAUCGGAGCUCUGUACCAGUCUCCAAUGGCUGCUACCAAAUUGAGCGCCGCGGAUUCCGAAAAGCUCUCCAAGCUCCAGUCUGCUGUAUCCGGCCUAUCUGAAAUCAGUGAGAAUGAGAAAUCGGGAUUCAUAAACCUCGUCUCUCGCUCUCUCAGUGGAGAGGCUCAACACAUCGAAUGGAGUAAGAUAAAGACUCCUACUGAUGAGGUGGUGGUUCCUUAUGACAGCUUGGCACCCACCCCCGAAGAUCCUGCCGAAACCAAGAAGCUUUUGGACAAACUUGUUGUGUUGAAGCUUAAUGGAGGUUUGGGAACAACAAUGGGUUGCACAGGUCCUAAAUCUGUCAUUGAAGUUCGUAACGGGUUGACAUUCCUAGACUUGAUUGUCAUACAGAUUGAGUCCUUAAACUCUAAGUAUGGAUGCAAUGUGCCACUACUACUAAUGAACUCAUUCAACACCCACGAUGAUACACAAAAGAUUGUAGAGAAAUAUGCUAAAUCAAACAUUGAGAUCCAUACAUUUAAUCAGAGCCAGUACCCUCGUUUGGUUGUUGAAGAUUUUAUGCCAUUGCCAUGCAAAGGAAAUAUGGGCAAGGAUGGAUGGUAUCCUCCUGGCCAUGGUGAUGUGUUUCCAGCAUUGAAGAACAGUGGCAAGCUCGAUGCAUUAUUGUCGCAGGGGAAGGAAUAUGUAUUCGUUGCAAACUCAGAUAACUUGGGUGCUGUUGUCGAUUUGAAAAUCCUGAAGCAUUUGAUCCAAAGCAAGAAUGAGUACUGUAUGGAGGUGACACCUAAAACGUUGGCUGAUGUGAAAGGCGGUACCCUGAUUUCCUAUGAAGGAAAAGUCCAGCUCCUUGAAAUUGCGCAAGUUCCUGAUGAACAUGUCAAUGAAUUCAAGUCAAUUGAGAAGUUCAAAAUAUUCAAUACCAAUAACUUGUGGGUGAACUUGAAAGCUAUUAAAAAACUUGUUGAAGUGGACGCGCUAAAGAUGGAGAUCAUUCCAAACCCCAAGGAAGUGGACGGGAUCAAGGUUCUUCAGCUGGAAACGGCAGCUGGUGCUGCAAUUAGGUUCUUCGAUCAUGCUAUUGGUAUUAAUGUCCCACGAUCACGAUUCCUACCGGUGAAAGCAACUUCAGAUUUGCUUCUUGUCCAGUCUGAUCUUUACACGUUGAACGAUGGCUUUGUGAUCCGAAACAAAGCUAGGGCAAAUCCUGAAAAUCCCGCUAUUGAGUUGGGACCCGAAUUCAAAAAGGUUGCCAACUUCUUAAGUCGUUUCAAGUCCAUUCCUAGCAUCAUUGAGCUCGAUAGCCUAAAGGUGACUGGUGAUGUGUGCUUUGGAGCUGGCAUUACUCUGAAGGGAAAACUAGUGGUUGCUGCAAAAUCUGGAGUGAAGUUGGAAAUCCCUGAUGGAGCUGUAAUUGCGAAUAAGGAAAUCAAUGGUCCUGCGGAUAUUUAAAACUGUUGCUCGUCUUGUGACAAUGGAGUUCACUUGACGGUUGAGUCGUUGUUUGUUUUUCUUUUGCAAAGAGAUUUGGAUAGUACGUCUCCUACGGAUAUUUGAAACUGUUGUCUUGUGACAAUGGAGUUUGCUUGAGGGUUGAGUCGCUUUUUGUUUUUUCGGUGCGAAGGAUUUCGUAGUCACAAUAAGCAUACGAUUUUGUUUGCUUCAAAAGAAAACUAGAACGCGUUCGGAACUUCUGUCUUGUUCUCAUAGCUAUGGGAUGGAUCUUAUCUCAAUCACAGCGGCAUUGAAACCAGAGUUGUUGGCAUGA